GGCAAACCAGUCUGAUUUGUUGCUGACAAAUAAAAACGCAGCAAAUUUAACAAAUUUAAAGUUCAUAAAAUUAUAAUACAAGCUAUUAUAAUCCACUGAAAUGUGUGUUUCCUCCUAUGCGGAAAAGCAUCGAUGGCUUCGGCUAAAACUGUAGCAUCUGUAUUAUUGAUUGUGCCAUCGAUGGACUUCUAGCGAUGCUAACCGAGGAUCAGGAGUCGUCGGAGGAACCAGAAGGACCCUGUGCAGUCUGGAAAUACCGCUGCAGCGUGGCCAGAUGUCCUUACAGGACCAACAGGCCCUACAACCUGUGGCGUCACGAGGAGUCUCACUCGAACCCAAUGGAAUCCAAGUCGUAUGGUUGUCCAGUUUGUGUCUACAGCACCGACAAGGUGUCCAACCUGAAGCGGCAUGUGUCCACCAAGCAUCCAGGGGCGCAGGAUCGGCUGCCGGAGAGCCCGUCUCUUGAUCGCAGCGCCAAAAUACAGUGUCAGGUAAUGGGCUGCCGGUACGAAACGAAUCGACCCUAUGACCUAAAGCGCCACAUGAUGGUGCACAACAAUCCGGAGAAGAGUCACAGGACCUACAAGUGCUCCCUGUGCACCUACAGCUCCGACAGAAAGGCCAAUCUCAAGCGGCACCACGAACUACGGCACUCUGGCAUCGAGGAGGCUAUUCAAACCGCUGAGGAGCUACGUCAGGAGUUGUUAAUGGAGGAACGGAUGCUGGAAGAGCAGAAGUUGAAAGACCAGAUGUUAGAGGGACAGAAGCUAAAGGAUGCCAAGCUAAAGGAGCAGAAGCAGAAGAAUUGCAAGCUAAAGAAGCAGAUACUGGAAGAACAGCUGGAGCUCGAGGAUGUCCAAUUGCGAGCAAAGGCUAAGGUCCCGCCAACACAGACUAAAGGGGGAAACGAGAGCCUGCUCAGCAGCUUGAUGGAGGAUCUCGUCGACGAGGAGCAGGCGGAUGACCUUGUCUACGUACCACUGCAGGAUGAGCAGCAGCCAAUAAUUACCAUAUCCACCUGCAGACCGCAGAUCUUCCAGGCAGACAUAAGCAAUAAACAAGUUAUUGCGGUCAACGUGAAUGGACAGCUUCGGUGGUUCCAAUCCAUAGAUCCGCCGCCAGGAGCUCCCACAAAACUGGAACUGGCCGUUGAUAAGCAAGUUCAGCAGGCAGUUAUCGCACAGCAGCAAAUGGACGAGUUAGAUGAUGAGUUGGCCUUAUCGCUAGCCGAACAGGAUCAGCAGGAGGAGUUUCUUGUAGAAAUGCUAAUCGAGGAGAAACAAUCCCAGACGGAGAAGCCAGCUAAGAAAGAUAUGACUUGGAGUUGGAGUACGCCGCAUGCCAUUCAUCAUGUUUCCACCGUAAAAUUUGAAGACCAGGAGCUUAUUGAGGAGCCUAAAAUUGACGAUGCGGAUGUGGAUUUCCCCGAUUGGUGGGACGAUGGAAAGUACACGAAGAUGCACAAAAACAAAAUCUUUAGGAAUCAUCCGCGAAAACCCUCACAGGCAAAUGUGCAGCGCAUCCUGCGCAUUAUUUAUGAUGUUUAUUAUAAGCCUUUUAAGGAGGACCGCAAGCAGUUCGAGGCCUUCCAAAUCAAGGAUUCGUGGCUGUGCGCUACUCACAUGACUCGGAUGCAGAUAAUUAAGGACAUGUACUCCAAGAAGGGCACUUAGAGACCAACCAGAUAAAGGCUAAAAAAUUGGAUUCUUUCGUUAAGUUUAGAAAUUUAGUUGUCUCUUAUAAUUUUGUAAAGUGUUCAAAUUAAAUAAUUAUAUCAAAAUCUAAAAAUAAGUAUAUGUAGAAAUACGUAAAACUAGUUUUUUCUAACAUAAUAUACAAAUAAGUAUAUGUAGAAAUACUUAAAGCAAGUUU